AGAGCUCCGUCUCUCCCGGUGCACUUGGCAGUCUGGUUGCGGACUGCUGUUGCUGUUGCUGUCGUGGCGUGGCUGGUCGCAACCAGGCGGGGGAACUUCACCACACUGGAGCCCGGAGUCCCACUCUCUCACCUGCGCAGUUCGGAGCUGCCAUGGGUCUCUGGCGGGGAUUCACCGUCCUCAUGAUUCUGCCGGCCUUCCUGCUGCACACAAGCGGCCUUUACAUCGCCAGUAGCGUUGACUCCCUGCAGCAUGUCCUGGGGGAGUAUGGACUGGUUAGGCCGAUCAGUGUGGAUGCAGAGGGCCGCUUUCUGUCACACGCCGUCUCAGCUGGACGUGAGGCAGGAGGGCAGUCCCGUAGGCGCCGGAGGAGGGAGUUAGGAGAAGGCAAUGAUGAGUGGGAAGGACCAAGAGAAGCUGAGGAAAACCAAGAGCACGUGGCUCGUCAGGAAAGGCUUUACUACAAUGUCACCGUCUUCGGCCGGGAAUUCCACCUGCGUCUGCGUAACAAUGCAAGGCUGGUGGCCCCCGGAGCCAAGAUCGAGUGGCAUGACGACAGCGACAGCAUCCGGCACACUGAGCCACUGCUGGAUGAUUGCCUGUAUGUGGGUGACAUCACGGACACGCCUGGAGCCACCGUGGCUAUCAGCAACUGCAAUGGCCUGGCUGGCAUGAUCAGGACAGAGAAAGAGGAGUUUUUUAUUGAACCUUUGGAGACGAGCGAUGGAGUCAUAGAAAAGGAAGAGGAAGGAGGAGGCGGCAGGACACAUAUCAUCUACCGCUCUUCAGCUGUAAAGAAAGCUCCCGCCAGCAGCGGAGAGGCGGACUACCACUCCAGAGGGGCGGAUCUUGGUGGUCUGAUGGAUCUGGAGUCUCUGUACCGUGGCGUGGAGCAGAGUAUCAACCACACACGAGCAGGGCGAGUGCGCAGACAGAGUCUUGACAGAGCCUACAACAUUGAGGUGCUUCUGGGUGUCGAUGACUCCGUGGUCCAGUUUCAUGGGAAGGAACAUGUGCAAAAGUACCUGCUAACACUCAUGAACAUUGUGAAUGAGAUCUACCAUGACAAGUCUUUGGGAGCAAAAAUCAAUGUGGUACUAGUACGGAUAAUCAUGCUGGGUUAUGGCAAGUCCAUGAGUCUGAUUGAACUGGGGAAUCCAUCUCAGAGUCUGGAGAAUGUGUGUCGCUGGGCCUUUCUGCAGCAGAAAGAAGACACAACGGAUGCUGAAUAUCACGAUCAUGCCAUUUUCCUCACAAGACAGGAAUUCGGCCCCACGGGCAUGCAGGGUUAUGCUCCAGUGACAGGGAUGUGCCAUCCAGUGAGGAGCUGCACUUUGAACCACGAGGACGGUUUCUCCUCGGCCUUUGUGGUGGCACAUGAGACCGGACAUGUGCUGGGGAUGGAGCAUGACGGUCAGGGAAACCGCUGCGGCGAUGAGGUGCACAUGGGCAGCAUCAUGGCCCCACUGGUCCAAGCUGCCUUCCACCGGUUUCACUGGUCCAGAUGCAGCAUGCAGGAGCUGGGACGCUACCUUCAUUCCUACGACUGCCUUCGGGAUGACCCGUUUGACCACAACUGGCCAUCGUUGCCUCAACUCCCUGGUUUGCACUACUCAAUGAACGAACAGUGUCGCUUUGACUUCGGCGUAGGCUACACGAUGUGCACCGCGCUACAAAAGGCGGGCCAGUCGGGAUCCCAGUAUCGCACGUUCGAUCCAUGCAAGCAGUUGUGGUGUAGCCACCCAGACAAUCCAUUUUUCUGCAAGACCAAGAAAGGACCACCCAUAGACGGAACCAUGUGUGGGAACGGGAAGCACUGCUUUAAAGGUCACUGCAUCUGGCUGACUCCUGACAUCAUGAAACAAGAUGGAAAUUGGGGUUCAUGGAGCGAGUUUGGCCAGUGCUCCCGCACAUGUGGCGGGGGAGUGCAGUUUCGCACACGUGACUGCGACAAUCCAAGACCAGCCAACGGAGGCCGAACCUGCGUGGGGGCAACAUACCAAUUCCAGAUGUGCAACACCAAUGAGUGUGAGGAUAUAUACAGUGACCCGAGAGAGGAGCAGUGCCAAGCCUGCGACCACAGCAACAAGCACAACUGGCUGCCUUAUGAACACCCAGACCCUAACAAACGCUGCCACCUGUACUGCAAAUCCAAGGAGACACAAGACACAGUCCUGAUGCACAAAAUGGUCCUGGAUGGGACGCGCUGCUCGUACAAGGACCCGCACAACGUGUGUGUGCGGGGGGAGUGUGAGAAGGUGGGCUGCGACGGCGUGUUCGGCUCCUCAAAGCAGGAAGACAAGUGUGGAGUGUGUGGAGGCGACAGCUCCAGCUGCAAAACCUUUAAAGACACAAUCACACGGACCGCAAAGAAACAAGGUUUCCUCAAAGUUCUGGAGAUCCCCAGAGGAGCGAGACACUUACUGAUUCAAGAACUGAAAGCCACCUCGCACGUUCUCGCUGUCAAGAACGUGGCAUCAGGGCUGGUCUUCUUAAAUGGGGAAAACGACUACCCAGAAUCCCGCUCCGUCAUAGAGAAAGGCGUGGAGUGGGAAUAUGAAAAUGACAAAGAGAGGGAAACCCUUCAGAGUACCGGGCCACUCAGACAUGGGAUUUUAAUAAUGGUGAAAUUAAAUGGCGAUGAGGAUGUGAAUUUGUCCUACAAGUACAUGAUGAAUAUGGACAAUGAUUCUUUCAUUCUAAGCAACGUCCUGGUAGAGGACAGCGCUUAUGUGUGGGCACCAAAACGAUGGUCCUACUGCUCCAGGCCUUGUGGUGGAGGGAAGCAGUACCUACGAUACGGCUGCAGAAGAAAAGUUGACAGCAAGAUGGUUCACAAAAGCUUUUGUAACAAGUCCAAUAUGAAACCGAGGGGAGACACCAGAGACUGCAACCAGAAGCCCUGCCCCCCACCCAUCUGGGUGUCUGGAGAGUGGCAGAACUGCAGUAAACCCUGUGGUAAGACAGGGCUGCAGAUCCGCUCCGUCAGCUGUGUCCAACCCUCGGAAGACAACACCACACGACCCAUCCACAAUAAACAUUGCAGUGACGACCGACCCGAGUCCCGCAGACCCUGCAACCGACUUCCCUGCCCCUCUCAGUGGACAGUUGGCCCGUGGUCACAGUGCUCAGUGACAUGUGGUAACGGCAGCCAGCAGAGGCAGACUGUCUGCCACAAAAGGGACAACACCACUGGCCUGUGUCUGGAGACCAAGCCGGACACCAUGAGAGUUUGUCGCAUGGAACCAUGUCCCAAGGGCUCAUCAGACCUCAACAAGAACGGCAACAUUCUGAUCCAGUGGCUGUCUCGCCCAAACGCCAACUACCCAAGGAUCUCCUCACGCCUGCGUUGUCAUAGAGACCGCUCCGUGUUCUGUCGUAUGGAGGUGCUGAAGCGCUACUGCUCCCUACCGGACUAUUGGCGUAUAUGCUGCAAAACCUGCAGCGACGUCAAUGGCACGGACCCUGUUCCCAGAGCUACCACCAGAUCCACCUUCAUCACCUCCACCUGGUCCAGAGACACAACUCUUCCGUUCACCAACAUGCUGAGCUCCAGCUUUAGCACCUCUCAACCCAGUCAACCUGUCAUCACAACCAUUUCAUCUUCUACGAUGUAUUCCUGGUCUACCUCUCAUCCAUCUAACGAUGCAACUCUUCACUCCCCCCCAACUCCACUGAGUACUGCGGAAAUGAUGCCCACUCAUCCACCAGCUGCAGCCACCACUCCUCUCCUCUCUACCGCGUUUCCUGUAGGUAUCAACACAGCGUUCCCAACCUUUCCCAUAGACGCUGCACACCUUACAGCAACACCCAGUUUGGUGAUGACAAACCCAACAGACAUCCUGCUAAGAUCCAAGUCUGACAAGAAAAUCCAGCCAAAACCCAAGAAAAAGGUCAUUCCAAAGGUCAUCCCAUCAAAGAUCAAUCAGAAAAACAAGACAACACACAAAAGUGGCCCAAAAGAACCUGUUCCAUCAAAGAUCAACCCCAAGAAGAAAAAUACUCCUCCAAAGAGUGGCACUCCCAAAAAGACCACUCCAGCAAACGCAAGUCCCAAAAAGACUAUUCCAUCAAACACGGCUGGGAAAAAGGCUACCUCAGCAAAAUCCUCUUCAAACAAGACGUCGUUGAAUACUCCUGUGAAAAAGACUGCUCCGGUAAAGCCCACUUCGGAGAAAAAGAACAAACCCUCUCCGUCAAAGCAGGUUCCAACAAAGACCAAUCCCAAAAAGAGUGUUGUCCCAAAAAAAGAAGCCACAAAACAAAUUCAGACUAAGAAAACCCUCCAAAAACCUCCAAAACCAGCCCCCAAAGGCGGGUUAAACUCAAAGGCCAAGGUUAAUCAGAAUAAAGUCAAGGAGAAAAAGACUAAUCCCAAACAGACUACAGCCUCUUACAUAACCCCUCCCUCACCGUCUGAAAGCAAAGAAUCAUUUCAAAGGGAAUUUUCUUCUACUAUUCCCUCUAGUGCCAUUGUACAUGGUACAAUAGCGAGUUUGCCCUUCCCUGAGUCGAGAAUCAAUGUCACAUACAUAAACAAUGAUAUUACGGAUGCAUCUCUGCUCCCGCACAGUGACAGUGUAGCUGCUGAGGCCACGACGCCCGACACCUUUGUUGAUUUCACAACACCUGCUGAAAGCAUCAAUAUUGAAGUUCUCACAUAUCCAGCUGAAACAAUGCCGUAUAGUGAUGGAACGAUGACAAGUAGCGGCGAUGCUAUGGAGACCAGCGGGACCUUUCCAAGUGGCGAUGACAGCAAGGAGUCGUCUAUCAUCUUAGAUGACGUGGGUGGUACCAUCGUGCUGGAAGAUAACCUCUCCAUGGUGAUUCCAACUGCACAUGGAGAGGGCAUGAUCGAGCUCGCUUCUUCACCCUGGGAGAGCGUGUAUGAGUACAUCCCUGUUAGCGACCCCACUCCCAGAACAACAUCGGACCCCGGUACCAAUUCACCUCUCAACACCAUCGCUUCCACGAAAGAAGUACCACCAACCGUGGCUACCACCGUCGCCUCUACUACAAAGCCUCAGCAAAUAGCUGCAGAGAACAGUGAGAACUCCCUUGAUAUGUUUUACAACAGGGUCAUCAACGUGGACAGUGAUAUCUCUCAGAACAACCUGAUCCCGAAGCGGCGGGUUAAUCUCAGAGAAAGAACCAGGAACAAACGUAUACAGGAGCUUCUAGAGGAGAAGCGAAACUUUCUCCUCAGGAUGAAGAGAGGCCACGCUGCACAAUAGAACAAGCCUUCUCAUUUCUCUUAUAGAGAGGAACACCUUUCAACUGCCACAAUGCUUUAUGUUAAACCUUUUCCAAUCAAAAUAUGAAAAAGAAUAAAUAAACCUUUCUCAUAUGAUCAGGACAGCUGCUGGGAGAGAGUAUCUUGGUGGAAUUUCUGAUUGAAGAAAAGCUUUUUAGCAUUGAUGCUGCCUGAUGCAGAUUUGGUUCAAGUUGCAAUUUAAACACAGUUAUGAACAGUUCUUCCCUUUUGACCCACCUUUUACAGAUCCAACCGAUUGCCCUUCGAUUUCACUUUUUAAAUGCUGUUGUGUGAGGAUAUAGGGAUGUAGAUAAGAUGUAAAUUAGUUUUAAAGUUGCAUUCCGCUGAUCCUCAGAGCCAAAACAUGAAUCUAAUUGUCUCUCUAAUAUUUUAUUGUAGCCGAGGACUGCAGCUCCCCACUCAGAUAUGAAAAUACCUCUCAGAUCUAUAAUAACAACUAUAAUAUUACAGUUGUUAUCUUUUUAAGUGACCAGUACUCUGAGUACCCCUCACAUUCUGUAUAUUUGAGGAAAAUGUCAGUUAUUUACAAAGUUUGAGCUCCGUUCUGAUUUCAUUAGAUUACAAAUGUUUACAUUGGUUGGAUUGUGUUGUUAUUUCCAAAGAAAGAAAUAUCCCCAGAAUUUUGUAAUUUCUCAGGAAUUUAUAGUGUGAAAUGAGGGACAUUGCCAAACACCUGGUGCUUACAUAAUCUAUUAUAACUUUGUUAAACUAUGUGGAAAUUAAAACUUUUGAGAGGGAACAAAUGUCUUUGAUGCCCAGACAAGUAUGGUGCUUUUUUUUUUGUCAGUGUUGCUAAAAGCAAUGUCCCUCAUGCAUUCAUUUAUGCAGGGAAACUACAAUAAAUAAAUAAACAAGCCUUUUCAUACUGUUCAUACUAAAGCUUUGAGGGCCAGUUUACCUACUUCUCUAGAAGUUGCAUUGUUUGUACAUCUCUAACUUGCUGCAAAGCCAUCUAUCUUUCUGUACAAUACAUGUACAUAUGAAAUAGAACUUAAUGUUUAAUAUUUAUUAAAGUAUAAGUAC